GAAGCAACUGUAGAAAACACUGAAUGCGUGAAGAAAAGCGUGUUAAGACAAGGCAAAACCUUCACUGGUACUUCUCUUCCUGAAGUUAGCAAAUACCCAACGAUACUGCUGCAUGACUGCAGAAGAACUACAACAGGUCCGGACAAUGAAGAUAACAUAAAGAUGUUUAAGAACGUUCAAUAUCCAAGACGUCGAGGCCACGGUCCGUUUUUCAGAAGCAAGAACUACGUUUAUAUAACUAGUUUUACUGAUACUAAGCAAAGUUCAUUGGCAUCUAAUAUGAACUCUACUCGCGGCCCCUUGCAUUUUCUAAUCUAGACACUUAAACCGCACAAAGAAUCCAUGUUAGGUAACAGAAAAGCAACAAGUUACGUAGCGAGUCUCCGGAGGGAGGAGGGGCCUCAGAGUGGCGCAGGGCUAGCGGAGAGAAGCACGCCCGGACGCUCCGAGUUAAUCACAAUCUUCUGACUUCCAUCAGAGCUGUUGGUGUCGGCGAGCAGCUGAAGACAGCGUCAGAGAAGAUGGGGAACCGAGUGGGCCGUGAGGACUACGAGUGGGUCUACACGGACCAGCCGCACGCAGACAGAAGAAAAGAAAUUCUGGCUAAAUAUCCAGAAAUCAAGUCCUUGAUGGGUCCAGACCAGAGGCUGAAGUGGAUUGUGUGCCUGAUGGUGGGGAUCCAGUUCUUAGCAUUCUACCUGGUCAAAGACUUGGACUGGAAGUGGGUUCUGUUUUGGACAUAUGCGUUCGGCAGCUGCAUCAAUCACUCCAUGACCCUGGCCAUUCACGAGAUCUCGCACAACACCGCCUUCGGGAACAACAAAGCCAUGUGGAACCGCUAUUUCGCCAUGUUCGCCAACCUGCCCAUCGGUUUGCCGUACUCUGCCUCCUUCAAGCGCUACCACCUGGACCACCAUCGCUACCUGGGCGGCGACGGCAUCGAUGUGGACAUCCCCACCGACUUCGAAGGCUGGUUCUUUUGCACUCGCCUCCGCAAGUUCAUCUGGAUCGUCCUGCAGCCGCUGUUCUACGCCGUGCGGCCGCUCUGCAUCAAUCCCAAACCGAUCAGCCAGCUGGAGCUGACCAAUGUGGCCGUGCAGCUCUGCUUCAAUGUCCUGCUGUACUGGACAUGGGGGGCCAAGCCUGUGGUUUACAUGCUAGCCGGCUCCAUGCUGGGGAUGGGCUUACACCCCAUCUCUGGCCACUUCAUCGCUGAGCACUACAUGUUCCUGAAGGGCCAUGAAACUUACUCAUACUACGGCUGCCUCAACCUCCUCACCUUCAACGUGGGCUACCACAACGAGCACCACGACUUCCCCAGCAUCCCAGGGCGAAGACUUCCUUUGGUGAAGAAGAUCGCUCCAGAAUACUACGACGACCUGCCGCAGUACUCGUCCUGGGUGAGGGUUCUGUACGACUUCAUCAUGGACGACACGUUGAGCCCGUACUCCCGGAUCAAGAGGAAGUUAAAGGGAGAGGUCAAACAGGAGUAACCGAAGCUGCAGCAUCCUCAUGUCUGAGGCCUUGUAACAUUUCUCUACCGUGUCCUGCUUCCAUUCAGCUCAGUCCAACACAGGCAGAUUUACGUUUGUGUUUUUGCACAAAAAGGCCUUGAAUUGUGGAUAAAAAGAUGUUACUGAGAUUUUUAUUUGUUGCGAUAUAAUUGUAUUUCUGCUACACUUCCAAAUCCAUCAGAUAUUUUUGGAGUUGGGGUUGUGUUGACUACUUAUAAAUCAUUAGUAUCUGAGCUGGUGUUUUGUUGUUUCUUUUUUUUUUUUUAGUUCUGAUUAAUCUAGACAUGAAAUGGUUGCCAUACUAACAUUGUAUGUUAAAAUAAAAUGACUUGUUUUUGUAAGCUCGGUUUUGAAGCUUUGCUGCAGUUAUGUUGGCUCUAGUAGGGAAGCUGCAGUGGAAUAAUAUGAGGACCAAUGGGGGGAGGGUCAUAGGGCUUAUGUUUGUGCAGUGUUAGUUAUGGAUCUGAAGUGGAUUAAACUGUAAAUCUUAAAACUACGUUUGUAAAAAAAAAACCCAAAACAAACUAAAAUGUGUUGAGCUAAAGUCCAACCAUGAGUGAGCUGGUUUAAACUUUAAACUUUGCGACAUGUCUCUACAAAUUGGCCGACCUUUUGACCUCCUGGCUUUUCUUUCUGGGUUUUCUGAUAUCCCAGCGCCGGCACUCAGUAUUUCCAUCCCAGCAGAACGUUUUUCUCCUUUUUUUUUUUUUUUUUUUUUUUCCUGGGAUUCUGCCAGAAUCGGACGGAGCUUAGCACCGCCUGGCUAGAAGCCCUCAGAUGUAGCUGCAGCUGUGUGCAGCAGAGACAUGAACAUGUUUCUUUUUAGUCAAUCAGUGAGCCAAGAAUCUUUGUUUCUGUUUCACACAACCCCACUUCUGAAAAUCACCAGUGGCCUGGUGGAAGUUGAAAAAGAACAUCUAAAUGAAAAUCAAUUGUUAAGACAGUUUGAACAGAUUCAGCUGUAUUGUGCUGAAGUUGAUCUUAAAUAUUCUCAGUAAUGUUGCAGACGGAGGCUUCCCAAAAACCGGAGGGGAACCUCCGUCCGAAUCUGUCCGCCAUCUUGGUUUACCGCUCGGAUUAACUAACCUUUGCCACAAACACUCAAGGCCUCAAUGAUGCAACUGUCCACGCUUAUUUGACAAAGGUCAAUGUGUCUCCAUGACGACGCAAGCAUUUAUGGGGAUUCCCAUGCACUAAAGUUACUGAUAGCCGCAUUUCUGCAUGGUGCAGCGUGACCUCCAGAUGUCCUCCACCCUGAACUGCUACAUUCUAGGUCAUGGAUGGGAAGCACAGAGCGUCGUCAUGGGUGGGAUCUGUGCAAAUGAACUGAGGCUGCUGCAAUAUGCUGCUGUCAGAGAUUUCUACCUGUUUCCAGAGUGCAGCUUCUUUCUCCCAAUAUUCACCUGACAGGUUCAAUACCACCUUGUUCUAAUCUACUCCUGCCUCAUUAUGUACUUUCUGUUCACGGCAAGAUGUGACUCUGAACAUGAAGUCUGAUCUCAUUGCCAUCAGUGCUCUGCUUGCUCAGUUUAUUGAUUUUAUGUUCAGUAUUGCGAUUUUUAACUCAAGAUAAUAAAAACAUACUUAUUUUCA